AUGUGGAACAACAACAUGAUGUGUGACGUAAUGCCCACAAUAUCGGAGGAUAGCAUAUCGCAGCGCUCCUCCCAAUUUAGCGGUGAAGAUGCCAACUUUGAACAGCUUAUGGUGUCUAUGCUCGAUGAGCGGGACAAGCUCAUGGACAGUCUGCGCGAGGCGCAGGAGCGUUUGGGCGAAACAGAGCUCAAGCUGCAUGAUGUUGAAAAGGAGCGCGACAGCUUGCAGCGUCAAAUCAAUGCCAACUUGCCACAAGAGUUUGCCACGCUGACCAAGGAGCUGACGCAAGCACGCGAAACGCUGUUGGAACGCGAUGAAGAGAUCGGUGAACUCAAGGCAGAGCGUAAUAAUACGAGGCUGCUCCUGGAGCAUCUGGAGUGUCUGGUAUCCAGGCAUGAACGCUCGCUGCGCAUGACAGUGGUUAAACGCCAAGCUGCCGCUCAAAGCGGUGUCUCCAGUGAAGUGGAAGUGCUAAAGGCGCUCAAAUCGCUGUUUGAACAUCACAAGGCUUUGGAUGAGAAGGUGCGCGAACGCCUGCGUCUGUCCAUCGAGAAGAACAAUGUGCUGGAGGAGGAGCUUAACUCAACCAAAGAUGAGCUCAAUCAAUAUAAAUCGGGCGCCAUUAGCAGCAGCGCUUCCAGCGGCAUUGCCAGCAGCGAAAACGGCAUCAAAGAGAAGCUGGCAAACAGCGGCGCUGGCAGUGGCGGCGUCAAUGGCGAUGCUAGCGAAAUCAAUGAGUAUGCAACCAAAACGCAUGAACUGCAAACAAUCAUUGAGAAGCAGACUUCCGAGCUAUCGCAGUGGCAGCGUCGUGUCUCUGAUUUGAACAACAAAAUCAGCGAAAUCGAGGAGAACAUGUCGCGAGUGCAAAAGGAGCACUGCAAGGCGCAGGAUCAGUGCGCAAAGCUGCAGCGUGAUUUGCGCGAGAAUGUGGCACAAAAGGAAGAUCAGGAGGAGCGCAUUACUACACUAGAGAAACGUUAUUUGAAUGCGCAGCGUGAGUCCACGUCGCUGCAUGAUCUUAAUGAGAAGCUGGAACAGGAGCUAAGGCAUAAAGAAGCGCAGCUCAAGCUGCACGAAGAGAAAAUCGGCGCGAUUGAAGAGAAACUUGAGCUCUCUGAGCAAAAGUUAGCGCAACAGGCCAAACUACAGCCCGAUAUGGAAGAACAGCUAAAGGCGCGCAUGGAAGCAUUGACUAAGGUAGGAAAUAAGGCUCAAGAGCGCCAUGGUUCGGCAGAGGAUCGCAUACGCGGUCUGGAGGCGAACCUGGAUGAGAAGUCCGCCGAGGUGGUAAGACUGAAUCAACGUCUCAAGAUGAACGAAGAGCACAACAUACGGCUCUCCUCAACGGUGGACAAGCUGCUCUCCGAGUCCAAUGAUCGCCUGCAGGUGCAUCUCAAGGAGCGCAUGCAUGCGCUGGACGAGAAGAAUGCGCUGACGCAGGAGCUGGAGAAGGCGCGCAAGGUGGCCGAGGAGCUGCAUCACGAGAAGAGCGAAAUUAUGAAGGAGCUGUCCAAGACGCGCUUGGAAAUUGAGAACUUCAAGCGUCAGCUGCUCCAGCAAGAGAUUGCCUACAACAUUCAGCAAACAGAGGCACUGACGCGCAGCCUCUCCCCCAGCAGUGUAGUAGAUGCCUCUAAUGCCUUCACGCGCAGUGCCUCGCAUGCCAGCUUCGAGACGCAUUCGCUGCGCCGCCAGAGCAAGUCCCGGCUGUCCGAGGAGAAUGCGCUGGCUCGCUCCAUGGCCGAGCAGGAGUGGGAGAAACUGCAGAUGCAACAGGUGGCGCAUGCCCAGCAGCAAGCCUAUGAGCUGGUGGCCGAUUGUGAUGAUGGCGAUGUGCUGUAUGCAGCGACAGCGGACAUGAUGUCGCCGUCUGGACAUACGGAUGCGCAGACGCUAGCCAUGAUGCUGCAGGAGCAGCUGGAUGCCAUUAACAAUGAGAUACGUCUCAUACAGGAGGAGAAGCAGUCCACCGAGGCGCGCGCCGAGGAGCUGGAGUCGCGUGUCGGCAGCUUGGAGCAUGUGAAUCUGUUAGCGCGUGGUCGCUCCAUGGACAGACAAAGUCCGCCCAUGAGUGGGCGCAGCACGCCCAACAGUCCACAGCGUGAUUUCAUGCAGAAAUAUCAUACGCUUAACUUGCCCGUCAUGUCCAGUGAUGCCUCACGCGAGGAUAUGCACGGUGGCAUGUCCACCACUGGCGAUUCCAGCUCAGGCGGCGCUGCCUCGCCCUUGACGGCGCGCUCUAUGCGCUUGGAACGCGUUGCUCAGGCUCUGGCACACAGUCAGGAGGAACUGCGUCGCCGCACUAUGGCGCCCACCUCUGCGCCCAACCACAACGCGCACAUGUCGCUCAGCAGUCAUAGUUAUGGCUUGUCGCCUCUUAGCUCACGUUAUGGCAGUCAGGAGUCGCUGCGUCAUUACAACACCAUGGGCUCCAUGUCCAUGCUGCAGACGCCCAACUCGGGCGUGUCGAGGGAAGCAGCUGCGGCCGCUGCAGUGCAAAAGAAGAAGGGUAUUAAGUCUUCGUUGGGUCGCUUCUUUAGCAAAAAGGAAAAGGUCAAGGGUGUGAAGGAUACACUGCCAGACGGUUCGCCCAGCAUGAUGUCCAUAGGCAAUUUGUCCAUAGGACUAAGUGAGGUGGACUCCAACUAUGAUGCCAUGAGCAUGACGGGCGGCAUGAUGCCGCGCAUAGCUAGCACGGGCUCCAAGAUCAGCAGCGUGGACUAUGGCAGGCAAAAGAAAGAUCACGACUACCGCAACGAUUUACUGGGCGAGGCUAUGAAGGCGGGCACGCCUUUUGCUUUGUGGAAUGGACCCACAAUUGUCGCCUGGUUGGAGCUAUGGGUAGGCAUGCCUACCUGGUAUGUAGCUGCUUGUCGUGCUAAUGUCAAGUCGGGCGCUAUAAUGAGUGCAUUAAGCGAUACGGAAAUACAGCGUGAAAUUGGCAUAAGCAACCCACUGCACAGGCUCAAGCUGCGUCUGGCCAUACAGGAAAUGGUUUCACUAACUUCCCCCUCAGCUCCACAAACAUCGCGCACUACGCUUGCAUUUGGGGAUAUGAAUCAUGAGUGGAUUGGUAACUAUUGGUUGCCCGGGCUGGGAUUGCCGCAAUAUCGCACAACGUUUAUGGAGUGUCUAGUCGAUGCACGCAUGUUGGAUCAUUUGACCAAGAAGGAUUUGCGUGGACAGCUGAAAAUGGUGGAUAGCUUUCAUCGCACCAGCCUGCAGUAUGGCAUCUCGAUGCUCAAACGCCUCAACUACGAUCGCACUGAGCUCGAGCACAGGCGCAAAAUGAGCGAGAAUGGACUCUGUGAUGUGCUGGUGUGGAGCAAUGAGCGCGUUAUACGCUGGGUGGGCAACAUUGGACUGAAGGAAUAUGCUAAUAAUUUACUGGAGUCUGGUGUGCAUGGCGCAUUGAUGGCGCUGGAUGAGAGCUUUGAUGCAACUGCCAUGGGCCUAGCCUUGCAAAUUCCCACGCAAAAUGCACAGGCACGCCAAAUACUCGAUACGGAAUUUAGAAACUUGCUGCAAAUUGCCACAGAUCGGCGGCCAGAUAGCGAACAACGUAGCGCUUCCUGAUUAAGCUAUAGUCCGCCUACAACAUCGGUGGAUGAGUAACUAUAUUGAAACAGUUUUCAACUAAAACGUACAGCAAGGCGACUUCCUAAAAACCGCCAUCCAACAAAUAAACAACUAAGCCACAAAAUUCUAACAAGAAAGACGCAACGCAAGAGACUCCUAAGGCUCCAGCAUAUAGUUUGGGCCCCAAACCCGCUCCCAGCAUGUUAAGCUGCACGUCUAAUCUAUAUAUUUAUAUAAAUACACACACACAUGGACACACACAUAGUCAUUUAAACCAGAACAAGACAAAUGUAUACAAGACAUAGCACAUACUCCACAUAGUUUCGAUACAUACAACAAAUAGCGCAUGUAUGUGGUUAAUAUUUUUUCACGAGCGCCCUGCUGCUGUCAGGCAUGUACAAUUUAUAGAUGCUAAUCAUUUUGAUUUUGUAAUAUCCUAAUUUUAAUCAAAUUUUGUAUAUUAUUUUUUUCUUUGUUUAAGUACUAGAUUAAUUGGGCCUGCAAUAGACUAACAGUAUUUUUUUUUUUUUUUUUAUUAGCUACAGUUUGAGAACAGAUCAGAGUUGAGUGCUUAAAACCAAAUUUAUAACCAAACUAGU